AUGCCUCGUAAUACAAGAAGAUCACACCGGCAGCACGCUGAGAAUGACACUGGUAAUGAAAUAUACGAUGAAAAUGGGAUUAAGCAUACCACCCCGCGUUCUCUGAAAAAAGUUAACUAUGCCGAGAUUGAGAAUAGUUACGACGAUGUAGACUUAUCGGAUGAAUCCGUGGGGCAUGAAAACAUAAUUCGAAGCAGAAAAAAACCUAAGAUUGUCGAUUCAGGAAAUGAGGACGACGAUGAUGAAGAAGGGCAAGAUCUUAGAUCGGGGAAGACCAAGCGGAACAAAAAAAAAAGCCCGUACCUUGAGGAGGACGAGGACGAAAGUUUUCACGACGAAGUUGAGGAUGAAGAAGAGGCAUCUGAUUUUGACGAUGAAGACGAAUUUUUCGAGGACGAAGAAGAAAAGCGUUGGCAGCAAAGACGUGAACGUCAGUUUGUAGUACGGGAUGAGGAUGAUGACGAUGGUGAAUAUGGUUCUCAAAUGAAAAAUCGAAGCCGACAAAGGAAAAGACGUGGUCGUGCUAUGGCCGAGUAUGAUUCCCAUUCUCCUCCAAGGAAGUUGAGGACCCGUAGGGCUACAAUAGCUACAGAUUCUGAUGAAGGUGAAGGCACCAGAAGUCGCCGUGAGGCAUUGACGUUAGAGGAUGAAAUUAAGGAAUUGCAAGAUGAUUCUCCAAUUAUGGAGAAAAGGUCCUUGAGGGAGCGUACAAAACCUGUCAAUUAUACUCUACCUCCCCCAUUGCCUGAUAAUCAACUAAAUGCUAUAGACUACAGUGCUUCUGGAGCUUUUGCCACCCAUAGCGUACCUAGAGGGAAACGAACUUUGCAUUCUGGUCAAAGCUUUGGACCAAUUCGAAGAUUAUUCCCAACAGGUGGUCCAUUUGGAGGGAACGAUGUCACUGCAAUCUUUGGACAUAAUACGAAUUUUUAUGGUGGCCAUGAAGACCCUGCUACUGCAAAUAAUAAGUUCAUUGAUUCCGAUUCCUCGGAUGAUGAAAUUCUACCCCUUGGUGCUACUCCUAAAGCAAAGCCUAAUUCUGAAGUAAAGAAGAAAAAGAAGCCAGAAAUUGCAGAUUUGGAUCCACUAGGAGUGGAUAUGAACAUUAAUUUUGACGAUGUUGGAGGACUUGACAAUUACAUUGACCAAUUAAAGGAAAUGGUGGCACUUCCUCUUUUAUAUCCAGAACUGUAUCAAAGUUUUAGCAUUACUCCACCAAGAGGUGUAUUAUUCCACGGUCCACCUGGUACUGGUAAAACCUUGAUGGCUAGAGCAUUAGCAGCAAGUUGUUCAACUGAAAAGAGAAAAAUCACUUUUUUUAUGAGAAAGGGAGCGGAUAUAUUAUCAAAAUGGGUUGGUGAAGCUGAGCGUCAAUUACGUCUCUUAUUUGAGGAAGCCAAGAAGCAUCAACCUUCUAUCAUAUUUUUUGAUGAAAUAGAUGGUCUUGCCCCCGUUAGAAACUCAAAACAAGAGCAAAUCCAUGCUAGUAUUGUCUCGACAAUGUUGGCACUAAUGGAUGGUAUGGAUAAUAGAGGCCAAGUCAUAGUGAUAGGUGCAACAAAUAGACCGGAUGCUGUUGAUCCAGCUUUGAGAAGGCCAGGUAGAUUUGAUAGAGAAUUUUACUUUCCGUUGCCUGAUAUCCAAGCUCGUGCUAAAAUACUGGAAAUUCAUACCAGGAAGUGGCGGUCACCUUUACCAAAAGAGUUUAUAGAAAAGUUGGCAUCCUUAACUAAGGGUUACGGAGGUGCAGAUUUACGUGCACUUUGUACUGAAGCUGCUCUCAUCAGUAUCCAGCGUAAAUUUCCUCAGAUAUAUUUGAGUGACGCAAAAUUAGUUAUUAAUCCUGACGAAAUUAAAGUUAUCUCGAAGGAUUUUAUGAUGGCGAUGGAUAGAAUUGUCCCUUCUUCGGCAAGAUCCAGUGGUUCCAUCGCUGAACCACUGCCACAAACAGUGGAAGUAUUAUUGCGGGAUCAGCUUGAAGAAGUUAAGCUAAAAUUGAACCUUAUACUUCCCCGAGAAAAUAAUGCAAUGCAUAGAGGCAGUUCAUUAAUUAAAUACUAUAUGGAGUAUGAGAAUGAAGAGAACGACGAGAAUAAUGAUCUAUCUGUCGGCUUUAUGAAACAGGAGUUUUUGAAGAGAAUUGAAAAAGCAAGAAUUGUAAAACCAAAGAUUCUCAUAACCGGUCCAACUGGUAAUGGCCAACAAUAUAUUGGCUCAGCUAUCUUACAUUACCUUGAAGAUUAUAACCUACAGACACUAGAUUUGGGUAGCUUACUUUCUGAAAGCAUAAUUAGUGUUGAGUCUGCGAUUGUUCAGAAGUUUAUUGAAGCGAGAAAACGUCAACCUUCUGUCAUAUUUAUACCGAAUGCCGAUAUAUGGGCGAAAGCUAUUCCAGAUGGUGCUAUUAUGCUACUCUCUAGUUUAUUAAAAUCUCUACAAUCCAAUGAGAAAGUGCUUCUUUUGGCUGUCGCUGAUAAUUUGAAUGAGAAUAGUUUGCGUGACUCGCCUCUCAAUUUCCUUGGUCUUGACCUGAACAUUGUAUCAAUCAAUGAACCAUCCCCAAAUCAAAGAUAUCAAUACUUUAAAAGCCUUGGCGAAGUUUUAUCAAUGAAGCCUACAGUUUUUCGUGAAAACAGGAAAAGGAGGAAACCGCUUCACAAACUCCCAGAAUACAAAAUGGAAGUGGAUAACUCAGUGGAUUCUAAUGGUAUUAAAUUAUCGGCUGAUGAAAAGUUGAGAAAAGAACUGAAGGCUUUCCAACAUCAAGAUAUGAAAUUGAAAAACUCAUUAAAGAUUAAGCUCUCGGGUUUGAUGGAUUUAUUCAAAAACCGUUACAAAAGAUUUAGAAAGCCACCAAUUGAAGAUUCUUUCCUAGUGCACCUCUUUGAACCUGAUGCAUUUGAAGCCAACCCAGAGUGGCAACCAGCAUACGUAAGAGAGGGUAGCAUGAUUUUAGAGAUUUCGACGGGAAAGAAAUAUCAUAACAUGGACUUGGACAUUAUAGAGGAAAGAUUAUGGAAUGGAUUUUAUUCUGAACCAAAACAAUAUCUGAAAGAUAUUGAGUUAAUCUAUCGGGAUGCAAACACCAGUGGCGAUCGAGAGCGGAUUAUUAAGGCUUCAGAGAUGUUUGCGAACGCCCAGAUGGGUAUCGAAGAAAUCUCCACCCCAGAAUUCAUUGCAGAGUGUAAAACUACUCGUAAUAGAGAUCGAUUAAGACAAGAACUAUUCAUAAAAGAUGCAAACAAACUAAAAGAAAAAGAACAAAUUACAGAAGUCCAAACCAGAGAAUCUCAGCCAAAUGUCGUAACUGCCGUUCCUGAAGAAAGCGAGCUUGUUGGGUUAGGUAUCGGCGCUGGAAAACAGCUCCAAAUGCAGUUGCAACAGGAGCAAGAACCAGCUAUUAUCACCCUUGAUGAUCAAAAUAAAGCCACAAAAGUCCAAAACGUAAACCAUGAGGAUCAUUUUGUGGAAAGAGAAAAUACGGCAGAAACGGAAUGUAAUGACAGUCCUGAAAUUCCUAAAAAAUCAGAGCUUCUUGAACAUGAGAGUUACGAAGGUGUCCUCAACAAUGAUAAUACACCGGGUAGUGUUCAAAAUGAUACAGAGAAGGUACCUGAAGUGGAGCCUGAAAAAGAGCCUAGCCCACAACAAGAAGUAGAACCAGAAAUGGAAUUAGUAAUAGAUCAUGCCACGGUUGAAAACAUCAUCUCUAAGUUAGAGACAAAGACCCAAGGCUUUACAGUUGAACAACUAGAAACUUGUUAUGCUGCGGUGCUGGAAAUUGCAUGGGAAGAUAGGCUUCAAUGGGAUAAAUCCUCUGUUCUGAGGAAAAUACAAAAAUACAUAGGAGCCUAA